ACCCCUCCACUUUCUCUUUAUGUAUUCUUCACUCUUCAUAUAAAAUGGUUCCUCACAACGCCGCUCUCAUCUCUUCAACCUCAGAGCACACCGAAGAAACUAGGGUUUCUGCAACUUGACAGCCAUGGGAAAGGGAACGGGAAGCUUUGGGAAGAGGAGAAACAAGACACACACACUGUGUGUGAGGUGCGGCCGCCGCAGCUUCCACCUUCAGAAGAGCCGCUGCGCCGCCUGUGCUUAUCCUGCUGCCCGCAAGAGGACAUACAACUGGAGCGUGAAGGCUAUUCGCAGGAAGACCACUGGAACUGGGCGCAUGAGGUAUCUACGCCACGUGCCCCGCAGAUUCAAGACCAACUUUAGAGAAGGUACUCAAGCUGCACCAAGGAAGACUGCAGCUGCUGCCUCUGCUUAAGGGCCUUAUAUGGAGGGUACUCUUGAUUGUACUUUUCAUUGGUAUUCUUAAAGAGUUAGAGAGCAAAUGAAUUUUGGGAACGCCAUUUGGGGGCUGAUUUUACGUAUUGGAUACUUAGUUUUGAUGCUAAUUUUGUUGCUGUACUUUGUUUGACAUUUUAAUACGGAUGUCUGAAAGAUAUUAGCUCUCUUGUGCGUUUUACUUCUCUACUUCUUACAAUACUUGAUUAUAUAGUUCAGUUCAGAUC